AUGUUUGUCAUGGCAGAAUUAUCAUUCAAAGAUAGAGUUGUUAUUAUUACAGGUGCUGGUGGUGGAUUGGGACGUGUCUACGCAUUGGAGUUUGCAAAGCGUGGAGCAAAGGUUGUCGUCAAUGAUUUGGGUGUUGCUUCAAGUGGUGAGGGUAAAGAUCAAAAGGCUGCCGACAAGGUCGUCAAUGAGAUUAAGGCUGCCGGUGGUGUUGCCGUUGCCAACUACGACAGCGUAGAGGACGGUGAGAAGAUUGUCGCCACUGCACUCAACAGCUUCGGUCGUAUCGACGUGCUCAUUAACAAUGCCGGUGUCUUGAGAGACGUCUCCUUUGGAAAGAUGUCGGACGCCGAUUGGGAUUUGGUCUAUCGUGUCCACACCAAGGGUGCAUUCAAGUUGACCCGUGCCGCCUGGAAUCAUAUGCGUGACAACAAGUUUGGUCGUAUCAUUAUGACUUCGUCGGCCGCCGGUCUCUACGGUAACUUUGGACAGGCAAACUACUCGGCCAUGAAGAUGUCGUUGGUCGGUUUGUCCAAUACGCUCGCACAAGAAGGUAAAGCCAGAAACAUCCACUGCAAUGCCAUCGCACCGGUCGCCGCCUCCAGAAUGACAGAGACCAUUAUGCCACCUGAAAUCUUGGAGUUGAUGAAGCCAGAGUAUGUUGUACCAUUAGUUUUAUACUUGUGUCACGAGUCGACCACCGAGACUGGAUCGGUCUUUGAGAUCGGUGCCGGUUGGGUAAGCAAAGUGCGUUUGCAGAGAUCGGCCGGUGUCUUUAUUCCACAGAUCACCGCCGAGAAGGUAAAGGAGCAAUUCGAAGCCAUCUCUGACUUUUCCAAUCCACAAUACCCAACUUCCGCACCAGAGUCUGUCAGUGGUAUCAUGUCUGCCGUCAACCAACCAUCACAAGUCAAGUUCAAGCAAACUCCAGCUGCUGCCGCCGCCGCUGCUCCAGCCGCCCCAGCUGCUGCUGCCGCUGCCAGCGUCAAGGUCGAAGGUUUCAAGUCAUCCGAGAUCUUUGACACCAUCCAAAAGACCAUUGCCACCAACGGUGCCGAUUUGGUAAAGAAGAUCAACGGUGUCUAUCAUAUCAAGGUCACCCAAGGUUCAAAGGCACAAACCUGGACCAUCGAUCUCAAGAAUGGAACCGGUUCCAUUGCCGUCGGUGAAACCGCCAAGCAAAACGUUACCAUCUCUGCUGCCGAUGCCGACUUUGUUGAUAUCAUGACUGGUAAAUUGAAUCCACAAACUGCUUUCAUGAAGGGUAAAUUAAAGAUUCAAGGAAACAUGGGUCUCGCCACCAAGCUUGGAAAUAUCAUGCAAAAAUCAAAGCUUUAA